AUGGAACCUGAUAAGAGUAAAGAAUAUUUCGCGUCAGACUGUGAGGAAGAUGAGGAUUAUUAUUGUAGAUUUGUACAAUCCAUUGAUGCAAACGAUUUUCCCUUUCAAGAUCAUGAACCAAAGUGCAUUAACUCACUUUGUAAUUUAAUUAAUACUAGAUUAAAAUUACUUGAAAAUGAAAUACUUUCACAACAUAAAGCCUGGGAGUCGAUUCAAAGAGAGGUUGAUGAAGUUAAAUCUCUUCUGGAAGAUUGCUCAUCCACAUGUGGUUCUUCAACCCUAAGUGGUCAUGACAAUGAAAGUGAGAUUGUUGAUUCUGCCCUUGAGAGUCACAAAACGUGCAAUAGUUUGUUGUGGAACAAGCUGAAAGUUGCUGAAGAAAAUGUUGAGGAAAAGAAAUCUUUGAUAAGACGUCUGAGCAGUGAUGUUGUAAAGUUGAAAAACUUUAAAAAAAGAUGUAAAAAGAAAAUAUCUAAAUCAAAUUCGCAUAUAGACUUGAUUCUGGAAGUCACAAAUGGCUUGCAUGUAUUAAAGUGUGAUGAGUGUAAGUUCUGUAAUGAGCAUUUGGAUUUUAGAGAAGGUUUGCUUUCAGCAGUAAUUGAGUUAAUUCAUUUCAGUGAAAAAAAUUAUAGUAGUUCUCUUGAAGAAAAUAAAACCCUUAAAUCCUGUCUUCAGAAGAUAUAUAUUAAGACUAAAAGUUGCCUCUUUCAUAGCCAGGUUUAUUCAAAAAGGCCUCAUUAUCAGCAAAGUAGUUCUGAAACGGAAAAUGGAAGUUCAUUUGUUGACAGCAUUUACAAUAGUUUUGAAGAAUUUUGUCAUCAUUUCCAAAAUCUUCAGGAUGAGUUAUUGCAAUUGAAGCAUAUUUUAUUGGCUGCUGAAGAAAAUCAUCUAGAUGACAUGUUUCAAGAUUCUCAUUCUGCUGGUUGUCGGUGUUAUAAUGUGUUGAGAAAAGAGGAGCAUGGCAUUAGUAAUGACUUUGAUGAAACCACUGCUAAAUUUUCUAAAACAAGUCAAAGAACUUACAACAGCUAUGAUAAAAAACUGAAAUCUCUUAGUUGUUGUGAUGAUUCUGAAAACGUGGAUCCUGGUUCUCUGUUUGAAUCUAGCCAAAUGUUCCGAACUGUGCCUCAUUCUGAAAAUCAAUUAGGUUCAUUACGCAGUCGACUUUUUGAAAGCAUACGAACUAUUCGAGAUGUGGAAGUAGAGGAGAAUGAUGAUGCGACUCUGGUUAAUAUGGUGACGUCUGUGGUUGAAGAAUGCAGUGCAUUGAGGCAAGAAGUUAGUUAUUUGCGAAAUGUUCGGCAAGAAAAAAAGAAAUCUUGGAAUAAAUUGCAAUGUUUCAUUAUGGAUGCUGAAAGAAAGUUGAAGGGUAGUGGUAGAAGUAUGUCAAGUCUUAGGGAAGUCAUCCGAGAUCUUGGUGAAUUAAUAGUGACAAGUGAAUCUUCUUCUCUUGAUGAAACAAUUCUCUACAUGUAUAGUAAUCAACUUGAAUGGCUGGAGAAAUUAUUAUUGGGAUAUGAAAGUCCAUCAGAACAGAAUCAUUGCAAUGAUGACCUAGUGUUGGAAAAUGAGUCAUCAUUAAAGAGCAGAACUGAAAGAACUAGAUGCCAAGCUGUUUCCACUCAAACAUCAAUGUGCCUUUCAUCUGAAAUACGGACAAAUGAAAAUAUUUCUUUGUGUGAUAUUAAAACUUGUGAUACAGCUGUCCAAGCUGAUAGUCAAUUAGAUACGUAUAGCUGUGAAUCUGAAGCUUUUGAACCACAAUUUUCUGAAAUAAGCAGAGAAAUAUAUGUUGUUCCAGAAGUGAUGGAAGAAACAGAUUCAUGUUAUUCUGCUACUUGUAAUAAUAUUACAGAUAGCAUAGAGACUGUGUCGUGCUCUGAGUUUUCCAAUUUUCAAGUGAGUUCUUCCUUUGGAGAUGAAAGUUCUAUGUUAGAAAAUUGCAGUUUGAAAGCAAAUUCAUCCAAAUCCACCACUGUGUUACCUUUUUCUCGAACAUUUUCUGAAAUCUUUGAUAUGUUAUCAAAGGACAAGUUUGGGCAAUUAGUGAUGCCUUACAAGUUAAAUAAGCAAUCUUCAAUUCCAGUUGCAAGUGUGCCAGAUCUCUUUUUUACGGAAAAGGAAAAUAAAUUUUUUAAUAGAAAUUAUGAUCUCAUAUUCAAUGAUAUGGGGGACAUUGAUAGUUCAAAUAUGUGUUUGUAUAUGUUUUUGAAUCAAGACCCAUAUAUGUCUCAUUUAUUUAAUUAUAUGCUUUUAAAUAUGCUCAAUGAAAAUGUAAAAUCUGUUGAAAUUUGUGAUGAAGAAAACCAGUGGAGUUGUGUAUUUAGAAAAUCAGAUGAAUUUCAUCCUUCAUUGUCAUCAUCCAAUUAUUCCAACAAAUACUUGCCUUAUAGAGCUUGUGCUGAAAUUGAAACAGAAUCACCAGUUCAUCUUGGAGAAAGUUCAUCUAGUAUAAUCAGUAAUGCAGAUCAGGUUGAGAUUAACAGCAUUGAAGAACUGCCCAUUGAAGAAAUAGUUGAUAAACAAGAUUUGUCAUCUGUUAUUACUUACAGUGAACAGUCUUCUGUUCUAUCCCGAGAAUUAAAUGCUUCAAAUGAUUCAGUUUUGGAUGAAGUUCCAAAUGAAUUACUUGAACGCAACAUUGAGACAGAAGCAUUAUCAACUGCAGAAAUGAUGUCUCCUGAUACAUCUGAUUUGAAAAAUGAAGAAGAUGAUAGUAUCAUCAAAAAGCAUGCUCCAGUAUGUCGAGAAGGCACAUUUAUUAUAGAAUCGCCAGAGUCAUUACAUUUGAAAGAAUCUAAAAUCUCUAAUGAAAAUUUUUCAUACACUGCAGUACUGACAGCACUCAUUACAAAUGAGCAACAUAAAUCUGAAACUAGUUACCUUUUGUAUGAAUUGUGCAGAUGUCAAAAGCCAUAUGAACAAAUAAUUGAAAAUUCUUGUGCAGAAUCUGGGUAUGAGGAUAAGCAUAUGAGUGUUGAACAUUUUGUUUUGUGUAAAGCUACAACGGAUAAAGAUUGUGAUAAUAUUUCAGGAAAAUCUGUGUCUGAGAUUUGUCAUCUAAUUUUUUUAAAAUCAAAUGGUAGCUCUGAAAAGAAAUCUGUUUUAGAGUCGCCAAAUACCAACAGUCCUUCUUUGUAUCCACUUUUGCCUCAAUAUGUUCCCGCUGAAAGUUUAAACUAUCAUGACUUUGAGCCUCUUUCUUUGAGCCACAGCUGUGAGAUUUAUGUAUCCGACAGCAAAGAAAAGGUCAUUGAUGAUGUCAGCUCAGAUUUUGACACUGCAGAUGACUCGCCUAAAGAAUGUAAACUAGAACCAGCUUGCUCUCUUUUUCAGAUGAAUAGUUGUGCAGAAUUACCUGAAAUGAAAGAUAAUGUAGAAAAAACAAAUAACAUUUGCUCACUUAAUAACUUAGGUGAUGUUCCUGAGAUCAAACAUGCAGAGUGUCAGACUGAAGCUAUUUGGACAACUUCAUCUCUUCCCUCUCAAGACACUAAAUUGAAUGCACCUGAAGAAGAUUCUUCUUUGCAAAUGGAUUUUGAAGAUGCUGAAAAUGUAGAGCUUUCAGUUACAUAUUGUAAGCAACAACUUCCUGAGAUAAAGAAUGUAACAGAAGUAAGCAAUGAGUUUUCCAGAGAUUCCUCUGAUCAUAUGGUGAAUGAAAAUAGUUUGAUGGAUGAAAUAACUGCUUUAAAAGAUAAUUUGAAUCAACAGAAUGCUGUUCUUCAGAGACUCAAGGAAGAUUUAGAGGAUGCAAAUCUGCGAUUGGAAGAUAAAGAAAAGGAGCUUGAGUCCAUGCACAUCAAUUACAGUAGUGAGUAAAGCAUUGUUAUAAUAAAUGCUGUAAAAGAAAUUGAUGAUAAAUUGUGUCAGACUAAUUUUGAUGAAAAUUUUUCAAGGUUUGAAGCGUUAGACCAGGAAGUGAAAUCGUUAAGGUUGGAAAAUAUUCAUCAACAAGAGAAAAUUGCUCAUCAGAAUAUGACAAUUCAGAAUGUUAGGACUCAAUUAUGUACAUCAAUAUCACAUUUAAAACAUCUAAAAGAUGCAGCUACUAAGCAGUUAAAAAAGCAGAAAUAUCAAAUUAUGAAAUCUGUCAAAAUUAAGCAGCAGUUAAAUGAUACUAAAGCAGCUUUGGAGAAAAAAUGUGAAGAACUGGAAAAAAAGAAUGAACUACUUUCCGAUCAAGAAUUUAAUCUUCAUGAAAUCCAAGCUCGUUUAGAUGCUACCCUUGAAGAACUUAAGCAAAAAUCACAUGAGCAGCACCAACUUUCUAAAGAACUUGAGAAAAGGGAUUGUGGAUGCCAAACUGAGGAAACUGAAAUGCAGAAUUUCGCUAAGCUUGAGAUUUCUCAAGCUUCCACAUUACAACAUGAUGUUACUCUUAAAAAACAUUCAGAAGAGUUGUUGCUGCUACAAAUGAAACUUCAGCAUCUUGAGUCUGUGUUUUCGAACAAAAAAGAUUAUUCAAGAGUAUUUGAUGAGGAAAACAUAAACAAGGGACUUAAUGAAGCUAAAAUUUCUUCACAUUUGAAGGAGGGAAACAUAUUCAAGCUUUUAACUAUCAGUGAGCAAAGUUAUCUGAGUUUGCUAAAUAAACUAGCAGAUUCUUUACAAAUUUCUGAUCUAAAGGGAACAACUACUGUGAUGCAUUCUUCAUGGCUAAGCUGUGAGGAUUUAUCUGAUGCGAGACGCCAGGAUCACAAGAAAAUAUUGCAACAAUUGGAAAAAUUGAAAAGGAAUGUUCGAUAUUUGCAAGAGAACCGACAUGAGCCAAAAAGACAGAAUGUAGAAAGUGUAUGUCCAGAUGAAAAGAAACAGAAUUUUUUGUGUCAUUCUGAUGAAAUGCAUUUUCAAUAUCUUUGUGAAGUCUUGCAAAGAGCACAAGAAAAUCUUGUUAAAGAAUAUUCUCAAAAGAAAUAUCAGAGAUCAGUUGUCACAGCUGGCUCUGUCAGAGUGAACCGACACAUGGGGGGAUCAAGAGAAAGAAAAAUUCCUUUAGAAUUAAAAAAUGGAAAAAUAUUGGCACUGCUUGAUGAUAAAGUGAAUCAUAAAGAUCUCUUGCCAAGCAAGCAAGACUACUCCAAGAUGGAAGCCAAAACUACAAAUGCAAGUUUCAAGUCCAAAACUGUUUCCUGAUUUUAUAAAACAUAAUUUCAUUCAAAGCUACUGAAUGUUUUCACGAAAAAGCAUUUGUGAAUAAAAUAGUGAUAAAUGUUUGCUGUGAUGCAAAAAUUCUUUCAUUGUUUAAAACGAAGCAUGAUUCAUUGUUUUAAACAGUGCUUAUACCAGUUCUAUAGUAAUAUAAUGUAAAGUGUAUGUGAAAUUUCUCUGAAUUUGCCAUUUUAUUAAAAACAUGUAUCAUGUUAUGGUAAUUUAUAUUCUAUUUUUAUACAUUUUAUGUAUUUUAUUCAAAAAACAAUGAAAUCAAAAUGCAUUAUCAAGAUGCAUGUUUAUUGUCGCUGUGAAAUGUUUUCAUAUUGUCAUGAAAAUCAUUUUUCCCUUGUAAAUCUUUGAAAGUGUUUUAACUCUUUAACUUUAAUAGUUUUUAUUUUACUUAAUAUGUAGGCUGUGUCAUGUUGCUUUCUUUGUGCCUAAGAAAAAAAUAAAACAAAUAUAAAUAGCUUUCACACUUAUGAAACGAUCUUGUAAAAAGCUGAAGAUGAAAACCAGAAUUAGUAAGUCAUUUUGUUUUUGUUUGAAAUAUACAUCUGAGUUGUUACUUCAUUGAAGUAUUUGUUUUUAUUUACCAAAAGUCAAUUUUCAUUACAAAAUGUAAAAAAACAAAAACUAAAAACAUAUUUAAAAUGUGGUUUUUCUUUUACACUAUGGGCUAGAACAACUAUAGAUUAAAAACUCAUAAAUAGUUUUUAGUAUAAUCUGUUUUUAAUAAGUCAAGCAAUUUCUUGUUGUUUAUUUAUUUAUUUUUUUUUUUUACCAAUAAAGAAGCCCAGUAGCAUGAAUCGUAAUUAUUCAUGUAAAAUUCAUAAUGUGAUCAAUAAAACUUCGUAUUUUUGAGGGAAUGGUUUAUUUAGCAAAAUUAUUGUAUUUCAUGUAUUUCUGCCUUAACCCUGGCUACAGGGCGGUAACUUACUGAAUAUACUUGCCUUGCAUUCAAUAUUCGAGUUGAACCGAACCAUUGUUUCGGUCACUCGUCUGGUCAGUGCUAAAUUCUGGUAUUAGCUACCAUUUUGUUUGACACUCUAGGCUUUCUUAAGAGGUUUUCUACCUCCAGCUCAGUCACUCCUAUGCCGGGCUGAUGAGUGCUAAUAAGCACGAAACUGCAGUCCUCGGCUGGAAUUGACUGAGCUGGCGGUGUAUUUCAUGUAUCUUUCAUGGUUUAUGUUGAUGUUCUUUCUGAUUUAAUGAUUCAUUUUGCCUUAACUUUGCGAUGAAUUUUACUUUAAGUAACAACUUAAUCUAUAUGUUGGCUAUGAAGAAAUUAAUUCACUAUGUUUGAUUAUUGAAAAAAACAAAAAAAAACAUAGAUUUUAAAUUCUUUUUUAUGCCAUUUAAUUCCUUACUUGUAAGAUGCCAAAAACACGUUAGAGAAAUAGAGACAGCAUAUUGGAAAGCAUUUUCAUCUGGAAAAAAAUAUUAAACAUUAAUGAAAUGUGUUGGAAUGGUAUAUAUUUUGUGUUGUAAUUGGAUCUAAACUAGAUUUCCUUUCGAGAAAUGCUGAUUUUUACUCUAAAUAUAUUGUUUUCAUUAUCAGUGUUGGAUUUUACUUUACAUGAUUUUGACCAAUGUUUUCAUGAAAUUAGAUGCAGCUCUGAGAUCAGUUUCUCAAAUACCAUUUCUUCCAUUUAUCCAUUUUCACAUUUUUACAUAAUUAUCAUGAGGCAUCUGUACAGAAUUUGUCUUUGUCCUAUAACUGUAACUUUGUUAUGUAAAAGCAUUUUAUUUGAAAUAAAAUUUUACUGAGUA